AUGCAAUUCCCUUGUGAUGCUACAAAACUAAAAGAAAGCGCAGAUCAUUAUAAGAAUUUUGGAUUUGAUUUUGAAAGCAAUAUGGUCUACUUUGGUGCUGGUUUGAAGUUUCUGCAUGGAGGAUCUCUGUUAGAAAGUUCUCACAAUGAGACUAGCAAGUACGGAGAGAUGAGUCAAAUGCAAAUUUAUGCCACGGCAGCCAAACUUUUCAAGUCAUGUGCCCAUGAAUACGAGAGUCGUCAAGAAACGGCAGCAGCUGCUUUGGCAUAUAAAUGCAUGGAAGUGGUGUACAUGAGAGUGGUUUACUGUAAACAUUCUAGUACAAACCGAGAUCGGUGUGAGUUGCAAUCAACUCUUCAAGUGGUUUCUCAAGGUGAAUCUCCUUCAUCUUCAGCAUCUGAUGUUGAUAACUUAAACAAUCAAGUGGUAAUGGAUAAGGCUACUUUGCCCAAGGUUACUAAUGCUCAUGUUGCUGGUAACCACGUCAUAUCUGUUCGAACUCGUCCAAGUUUGGAUAGGCUUCUCGAUUUUACUCAGGAUAUAAAUUUUGCAAUGGAGGCUGCUACAAAAUGUCAUAGCACUUUCUCCGCGGCCAAUGCGAUGAUGGAAGAAACACGGAAUAGGGACUGCAUAACUUCAAUUAAGAGGGUUAUUGAUUUCAGCUUCCAGGAUGUAGAUGAGCUUGUACGCCUGGUUCGAAAUGCAACAAAGGCAAUAAGUGGUGCUAGUCUUGGUGGUACAAGAGAUUAA